GGUCGCUUGCUGCACUUGUGCGCUUGUCGAGUGUGUCUCGUUGCGCAUCGAGUGCGGCACGCCAUUCUUUUCCGUCGCCAUGGCGACAAGGCUGACAUACAGCCUGGUGGGUGACUCAUCGCUGUACACCAAGAAACGCAACGGAGACAAGUGCCGAGUCUCUGGGGCACUGAGACACCACUACGCUCUGAACGUCAGAGAGAAGAUCUUUUGCGGUGGCGGCUUGGAGGAGAUUUUGAACCAUCUUGAGCGCAAGCACGCGGACGUCGAUGUCAUUGGAAUUUCAUACUUUGGCAAUGACUACAUUGAUGAGCCAAUGGACGAGCGGGAACAUUACUACCUCUGGCAGCGCUUGUUCAGGGUGGUACGUCAAAAAGCCUGGCAUCGGGCCGUGUUCUUCGUCGGGGGCUAUGCGGCAAAGUACCGUUGCUCUCCUAUUUACGAUCGAAGCAUGGACCUGGUGCGGAAAUGGGUGCGCGAAGCUGGCUUUGAGGUGGUUGCCGGACACCAGGAGGUCCGCCAAUGGCAGCUGCAUAGCGACAAGCUUCACUUCGCGCGAGACCACCUGGAAGAGCUCACCGAGUUCUGGCACGAUCUACUCACAGGAGCUUCGGAGGGUCGAUCCAAGCGUGCUCGUGAGUCAGAGCGCUCACGCAGCCGAAGUUGGAACAGAUCUCGUCCCGGCUCCCACGUGAAGAGAGCGAAACGCCAGGAGCAUUCAAAUCAUGCGGAGCCUUCGCACCUGCGGUGGAAGCGCCCCUGCAACAUGUGGGACACAGCGGAAGAUGAACAUCGCCACAAGCUCGAGACCUAUUUCCAAGAAUGGGAGCAUCAUGCGCGGCAAGCAGGCCGCUGCCCCGAGGAUCGUGGAUGGUUCCGCCAAGACAAGUGGCGCAGCUGGGACCAAGGUUCAAGGGAUUGGGGAUCACGGCCGAGUUCUUUGGUGCUUACGCCGAACGAGCCACACCGCCACCGGUACUAGGAUCAUCUCCGGAGAACCGAGACAAGUUUCACCAUGUCUCCAGGGAUGCCACGUCAGUGGCGGCAGAAAAGCCCUGGUUCCAGAUAUACUAGCUGUAUAGAUAU